AUGUCGGCACUGAACUUGCCAAAACCCGUCAACACAUACGCUGGGGAAGACGAACUCCGACAAAUACCCAAUGGGAGCGCUACAAAUGGGAACGGUACACCCGCAGCUGAAGAGGACGAAGGUCAAGGAGGUAUGGAGGAAGAUCGACCAUUAAGGGCAAGUGAUAAGUUGAAGGUGGGAAUUAUCUAUCCUCCUAGGGAGAUCAGAAAUAUCGUCGAUAAAACAGCAAAUCACAUAUCUAAAUCACCCACUCCCUUACUUUUAGAAGAGAAAAUAAGAGAACAUCAGAAGAGCGAUCCUAAAUUCGCUUUCUUGAACGAUGCCGAUCCGUAUCAUCAAUAUUAUCGAUACAUGCUGGUGAAAGUUAAAGAGGACGCCGAUGAUGUUGCAGCGGGAAUAUCAACUUCGACACCUGUACCAGAAGAGAAGAAGGAUAAGAAGGAAGAUGUCAUAAACGCUUAUGAACCUAAACCUUGGGAGUUUUUGGUAGAUUUACCUGGUGUGACAGCAAUGGAUCUGGAUAUCCUCCGACUGACCGCUCUAUUCCAUGCUCGUCGAGGUCGAUCUUUCCUUUCUUCUCUUUCGGUCAAAGAAGGUCGAAAUUACCAAUUCGACUUCCUCCGACCCACUCACUCUUUAUAUGGAUAUUACAAUCGCAUGGUCGAAUCUUACCAGAAAGUCAUGCAACCUCCUCCAGGAUUGAUCGAAAACUUGGUAAAAGAAGCUAAUGAUCCUGAGAUCAAGUGGAAGACAUUGGAAGAAGCUCGUAAUAGGGCAGAAUGGGAGAAAGGAAGAAGGAAGAGGGAAGAUAUCAAAGCUAAAGAAGAAGAGGAAGAGGCAAAAGCAUUUGCUGCUAUAGAUUGGCAAGAUUUCGUCACGGUAGAAACUAUCGAGUUCACGCAGAAUGAUGAACAGCUAGAAUUGCCCCCUCCAACUUCGAUAGAUAAACUUAGGACCAUGUCGAUGGCCGAGAAAAGAAUGGCAGCGAUGGUCAUGGAAGAGACUGGUGCUGGGCCAACGGCGGAAACGACCUUCCAGAAUGGUCAGAAUGCGGAUGAUGAGAUGGAGAUUGAGGAAGAAGAGGAAGAUGAGGAAGAGGAAGAAGUUAGAUUACAGCGUAUCAAAGCUGAGCAGGAACAGGCUAGAGCGAGGGAGGUGCAGAGAGCUGCUAUGGAGCAGAGAGGUUUGAAGAUUAAGAAGGAUUAUGUACCGAAAGGUAUACAAAGAGGUGGGAACGUGGCUACAGCCAAAUGUCCAAAUUGUGGUCAAUCGAUCCCAGAGAACGAAUUGUCAGAACAUAUGCGUAUCGAAUUAUUGGAUCCGAAAUGGAAAGAACAGAAGAAGAACCUCGAGAUGCGAAGAGCCCAAGCACAGCAGUUACAACAUGGUGCCGACGUCGUUGCAUCGCUCAAAAAUCUGGCUCACGCAAGAACCGAUCUGUUCGGAGACGACUUGGACGAAGCUCAGAGGAAACAGCGAGAAGAGGAAGAAAGGCAGAAGCGAAGGGAAAGAGAAAAGAUCAUUUGGGAUGGUCAUACGGCGUCUGCAGCAAAGACAACAGAAACUUUCCAAAGUUCAUUCAAUGUUGAAGAUCAGAUUAAGAAAUUGCAUAGUAGAAUUGGUUUGACCGAAGCACCGGCCAACGCAGCUGGACCACAGAUCGGACCCGGUACGCCCGGUGCACCUCAGGCUAUCCCACCACCUCUCGCAGCGGGAUUACAGACUCCUGGCGGAGGUACUGCGUACUCUGGAGCUACCAUCUCCGCUGCACCUACUGGACCGUCCACCAAAGAAUACAUAUCCGCUCCUUAUGAUCCCUCUUUCGCGCCUUCCCCUCAACCUCCUUCUGCGCCUUCUAUCCACCCUUCAAGGAUGGCAGCUAUCAAUGCUGCUUCCGCGUCCUCUGGUGGAUCGUCACCCCUGGCAGGCCAGGUCAGACCAUAUGAGGAUGAUGGCUCCGCUGAGAAACCCGUCUUCAAGAGGCCGAAGAUUGAGAAAUUACCUUAUGGCCAGCUGUACACUGAAACCGACUGGACCAAUCUUCAUCCUGACCCAAUAAACAUUUCCGUCCAACUCCCCAACAUGCCCGAAAAACCAGAAUACAAAUUGAAUGGAUCGAUAAUUACCAUCACUGAUCUACCCAUAACAACGCUCUUCUCGACCAUCAGAGAAAAGAUCAAGAGGAUUGUUGAUGCUGAUUUACCGAUAUCGAGAAUGAGGUUGGACUACGGUACAAAGGUUAUGAAUAAUGCUUCAACAUUGGCGAGUGUGAAUUUAGAUGAUGGAGAUAUGCUGAAUUUGGUUUUGAAGAAGAAAUAA